CUGAUAUUAAACAAAUAUGUUUUCCAGACUCUUGCUACUUUUUUACAUUUGCCUUUUUACAGUGGUAGCAGGAGAUUCACAAUCACUUAGGACCGCUGAAGAUGAUGCAGUCGCAGCUUUUCAAAAAUUCCAGAAAGUCGCAUUCAGUAGACAAAACGGUGCUGUCAACCUCAUAGAGAAAUAUUAUUCGCGUGAACUUGAUCUAAUGCAUUAUAUGCAAAGUAACAUAACUAACACCGUUAAUAGAAAAUUAGAUAGUACAAAAUUUUACAUACAAGCCGCUCAAGAAAGUGUAAACAGGUUAAACGUAACUACUUGCAAUUAUGAUUACUCCAGUGUAAUUGAAGGAAUGCGUACUAAACUUAUUGACAGAACAACUGAAUGCGUUACUUUGUAUCGAGAUGUUUACUGGAGUUUAUACAAUAGUACCGUCAUGGAAGCCAAUGGACUUUUUAAUAAUAUGAUGGGCUGUCAAGCACGAAGUAGAGGACAGUGCCAAGCACUUCAUAAAAAUGAUGAUUGUUUUUAUUUUUAUAUUUCAAAUGCCCAAAAAGCUGAAGAUGUAAUUACAGAUGCUUAUAAUCUUAUGACUGCUAAUUAUGUAAAUAAGAUUAAUGAUAUUGUUCCAACAUGUGUAGAUUUGAUUAAUAUUGAAAUUUCGCUUUGGCCUGAUUACUAUUUGCACACAGUUACUGAAUGUGCUGAGAAUGAGCUUAGAAAUUUAAAAAAAUCAGUUUGUCCUUAUGAUAUGUCUUUAAAUAAAUAAAUACGGUAGAGAUUGCAUUAAAAAAUAUUGUAACAACAAAAGCAAAAUAAAAUUCUGCUACAAUUAUGAGUGAAUUUUAAUAAGUAUGUAUUCCAUCUUGGAUUACUUUUUUGGAUCACGCAGUAUAUAACUCUUUUUAAUCUAAUCUAAUUCUUCAGAAUACUAUUUAACACUUUUAAAUCAAAGAUAUGCUCAUCACAAAAUAUUUAUAAUUGCGUAAAAACAAGUUUUUAUAGCGCAAGCGACAGAAUUUUUCAAUACACUUCAAUUUGAUGAUUUAAUCUUAUUUUAAAAAUUCAUACCGUGAGUAACUAGCAAAAAUCGAAAAACCAAAUUUCAAAAAUAGAAAAACAUUUCGUUAAAAAAAAAACAUAUCUUUAUUUUGGUUUAAUUUUAACAAAACAUAAUAAUAGAAAUAAUAAACGAAACAAAAAGUAAUUAGAAAUCGCCUGGAACUGAUAAAUCGCGAACAUACAGAUUUAACAUGGUAUACAAAUAUUGUAUAUUUUUGCUGGUUCCUACAAUGGUGAUGGUAUCAUGGUUGUACCUUCUAUCAUAAGAUAAAAUUAUUUCGCGUCAAAUAAUUCAAAAAAUAAGAAUAAAAAUAACAUUUUUAUUUAAAAUACAAUUUUCAACUAUCAAUACGUGAAAUAAGUAAUUUUUAAAAAAUUUAGUUAGUUCCUAAUUCUGUAGAAAAUCUAGAUGUAAUCGAAAUACUACUAAAUACUACUUCUAAAUACAUGAAACAAAUUGUACAAUUAAAACAUCUCUCAGAAAUUUUUCAUAAGUCGGCCUGUGUUAUCUAAUUGUGAAAUUUUUUCUAUUCAUAAUAAAACAAUUGCUAAACAUACAAUGUUUUGAUUUGCGAAAUAAACAUAAAAAGAUAAAAAAUCAUAGUUAGCGAUGUUAAAAAGUACUUUUAUCAACUAAUUUCAG